CCCCACUAGCUUUGUCCCUCACUGCGAUCCGUCUCUGUCGUCCUGAGAGAAAGCAUCAGCCGAGUGUACUCACUUACUUUACUGACUCAAAAAUGGAAAGCGACACAACUGUUCGGAGAAUAAAAUCCCCCGCGACACGACAUUUUGUAGCUCAAGACAACGACGGAGCCCGUGACCGGCGCGAGGAUAACGGUUACAGCGGUGACCAGAAGAGGAAGCCAGAAGUGAGCCUGUACUUACUGCGGGAAGGGCUGACAGCCUCACUGGUCUCUGUGUUUAUUUUGCUGCUGUGGGGUCUCGUUCAUUUGUCGUUGCAGCAGCUUGUUAUCGGGAAACUAAGCGGGGAGUUUAACGCAUUAAGAGCUAGACAACACUUGGAGCAGAUUACCAGUGUUGGACCUCGGCCAGUUGGCAGCGAGGAGAACGAGGUCCUGACAGUGGGUUACUUGUUGGAGCAGAUAGAGAGCAUCCGAGCGACAACAGCAGCAGGGCCUCAUCAGCUGACAGUAGACGUACAGCGACCCACUGGCACUUUCUCCAUCGACUUUCUGGGUGGGUUCACAAGCUUCUACGACCAUGUCACCAACGUUGCUGUCAGGCUGGAGCCCAAAGGUGGAACAGAGCAUCUCAUGCUCGCCAACUGCCACUUUGACACAGUGGCCAACAGUCCAGGUGCCAGUGAUGAUGCAGUGAGCUGUGCGGUGAUGCUGGAGGUCCUCCAUUCUUUAGCCAGUCAGUCCACCCCUCUUCGUCACGGUGUGAUCUUCCUCUUUAAUGGAGCUGAGGAAAAUGUCUUGCAGGCCAGCCAUGGAUUUAUUACGCAGCAUCCUUGGGCUGAGCAGGUGCGUGCCUUCAUUAACUUGGAGGCUGCAGGUGUUGGAGGAAAGGAAGUUGUUUUCCAGACAGGUCCAGAGAACCCGUGGUUGGUCCAGGCAUACGUUCAUGCAGCCAAACACCCCUUCGCCUCCGUGGUUGGGCAGGAAGUCUUCCAGAGUGGCGUCAUUCCCUCUGACACCGACUUCCGCAUUUACAGAGAUUUUGGCAACAUCCCAGGCAUCGAUCUUGCUUUCAUUGAAAAUGGUUUCAUCUACCACACCAAGUAUGACACUGCGAACAGGAUCCUGACAGACUCCAUUCAAAGAGCUGGUGACAACAUCCUGGCUGUGUUGAAGCACCUGCUGAUGUCAGAGACAUUGGCAGAAUCCUCAGAGUAUCGUCAUGGCAACAUGGUGUUUUUUGAUCUGCUGGGAGUUGUAGCGGUGGCUUAUCCCGCUCGCGUCGGCACCAUCCUCAACUACAUGGUGGCCGCGGCCACCUUUCUCUAUCUGGCCAAAAAGGCCUCGCUGCCUGGUAACGGAGGUGGACGCUAUGUCCGGGAUCUGGCCUGUGCCACGGGUGUAGCUGUGCUGAGCUGGGUGGUCACCCUGCUGUCGGUGCUGAUCGUCGCUCUGCUCGUCACCCUGCUGGGGCGCUCCAUGUUUUGGUACACUCACUUUUACGCAGCUAUCGGCCUGUAUGGAUCAGCAGCCACUGGAAAAAUGAUCCUCAUCCACACGCUGGCUAAAAACCUGUACUACGGGGGUGUUCGUCUGUUGGAGCUGGGCGACCUGUACUUUGACGUGAGUUUGUUGCUGUGGUGCUGCAGCCUGGUGUGGCUGACCCAGAGGGGUCUGUGUUCUGCCUACGUGCCCAUGCUGAUGGUGGCAUUCCCUCUGAUCACCAGGCUCCUGCUGAGCAAAGAGCUCAAACACAAAGGAGCAUCACUGAAGUACAGUUUUCUGUACCUUCUGGGCCUCACACUGCCGUACGUCCACUUCAUGUUCCUGAUCUGGGUGGUUUUUGAAAUUUUCACCCCCAUCAUGGGCCGCAGUGGAACAGAGAUCCCCUCUGAAGUGGUGAUGGCCUCUCUAGUUACCCUGGCAACCAUCUUCCUCUCCACAUUUUUUCUACAUUUCAUGUACCUGGUGAAGAGCACCAAGUGGAUCCUGACUGGUUUGGGUUCAGUCUUCAUGGUCAUGUUCCUGUUGGUCUCCAGUGGUCUUUUCUUUCCUUAUUCAGAUAAUCCACAGAGCCCGCGGCCAAAGAGAAUCUUCCUGCAGCACACGACUCGGACUUUCUACAACCUUCAGGGCCAGGUGGAGAGCCGAGACGCCGGGCUCUGGAUAAACAGCUUUGACUUCACAGGCAUUCAGCACAUCACACCCCACAUCCCAGAGAUCAACGACAGCAUCCGGACCCACUGUAAAGACGACAGACCCUUCUGCGGUUACCCCUGGUUCCUGCCUGUGAAGUUCCUCAGCAGGAAGAACUGGUAUCUUCCUGCUGCCGAAGUGUCUCCGAGUUCUCCGGUGGAGUUCAGCCUUCGGUCCAAAGAGGAGACGAGCUGGGGGACUGUAAAGAUGACUUUCGAUGUGAAAGGACCCAGCCACAUGUCUCUGUAUCUGAUGCCCCACCGAGGAUCCGCCCUGACCAGCUGGUCUUUCGGUGACGGGACGCCUCAGUUCGAUCUGAGCGGAGAAUAUUUUGUCUUCUAUUCUCACGGCCUCAACACGCCCGUGUGGACCUUCUGGUUUGAAAUACAGCCUCCCACAGAACUGAACCCAGCCGGUCCAGAGGGAAUGAUUUCAGUCGCUAUUUCCACUCAUUAUUUCUUCGGUGAAGCCAGGCGGACUCCUCAGUUGGAGGAAAUCCUCCUCCAGUUUCCCACCUGGGCUUUUCCCUCGUCCUGGGUCAGUACCUACGACAUGUACCGAUACUGAGGAGAAACGUCACAGAGACUGAGGAGAGCCAAGGGCUAACACUAACACCCGCCCGCGCUCUGUCCCGGCCAGCCUGAGAGACCUCCGUCGUAGUGUCACAAGUAGCUAACGGAGCAGCACCGGCGCUCAGCUGACCACAAACCUCGUGCUCACUACUGGCUUAGUGAAACAAAGGAGUUAAAGGAUUAUUUUUAUUUUA